GCUGUUAGAGUAAAACCCGGAAAAUUUUAAACAUUAAAAAUAAUUAAUUUUCCAAAACAAUCAGUUAAAGGCAAUUCAUACAACAUGUUUGAAGUGUGCUGUCGCUUAUGUUUGGAACAGGUCCCCUUGCAGAACAUCCAUUCCCUCUAUGGAAAGCACAAGGACUUUCUGAUUCGGGACAAAAUCUACGAGCUGUUUCAGAUUAGGUUUUCAGAUACAGAAAAACUGUCAACGGUUUGCAAUGAUUGUUUGGGGAAAAUCGAGACUGUCGAUGCUGUUCGAUCGUUUUUCUUGGAAGCCGAUAGAAAAUUCAAUGCACUUUUGGCUGAAAGCACUGGUGAAUCCAAACAGAAUAAAGUCGAAAAUGUGGAAACAACUUCGAUGGAAGACGAACAAGCCAAUUGCCCAGCUACAUCAUCCGUAGUCGUAGAAGAACAUAUCGACAACACGCAGUUAGUAACCUCCAAUGAUGGAUCCAAUGAAAACGAUCGACACAUUACCAAAUCAGAGGAGGGAACUUCCUGUGAGGACCUGAUUGAACCUUCCACCAGCAAGCAGGAUGACAUUGAAGUACUUCACAGCGAAUCAGAAUCUGACAACGAACCGGUGGCGAUUAACGAUCCUUGUGGAAGCGAGAAUUUUUCUGUAUCCGGAAUAUCGGCUUUCGAUCUGAACAAACUGGAUCACCAACCCGACCCCGAAAGCUUGGAAGAUGUCAAUCAAGACGAGUAUAUUGUUCACCCGAGCGGAGAGAUAUACAAUUCCGAUCAAAACUGUGCGCUGAUUACUAUGGACCAUCAAGAUAUGUCCUACAUUAUAUCAGAUGACGAAUCUUCCGAAAUGAGGGACCUAGUAGAAAUCUCGGAAAGUAUGUCAGAGGAUCAAGCAUUUAACAUCGUUACCCUCGAAUAUCAAUGUAAUGUUUGUAACGACAUAUUCGAGAACGCCGUCACUUUCCUCCAACAUACGAAUACGGUACACGCUGAAGAGUAUCCGCAUAAUUGUAGAAAUUGCUAUCUGAUUUACAGAACUAAAGAUGACCUGAUUGCUCAUGACUGCACGGCCAAACCGAAAAUUUUCGGAUGCUCAGAAUGCUCAGAGAAAUUCCAUUCGCUGAAAAAUCUUCGAAACCACACCAGAAACAUUCAUGGACGAUCUAAUAUUGAUAUUCCCCAGAAAAUAAAUCUUUUCAAAUGCGACUUUUGCGAUCUGACCUUGAGUAACAAUCUACAACUUUUGGAUCACGUUCAGUCUCUACAUCCGGAAGACUACGUACUGCACCCGUGCGACUUGUGUGAAAGAACCUUCGGAAACACCCAAACCCUGAAAGCCCAUCUUCUCGCGCACGAACGCAACUACAAGUGCAGCUUUUGCGAUAAACUGUGCCCGACCGCCGUGUCGCUAGCCGGUCACGAAAACACUCACACCAAGGAUCAACCCUUUCAGUGUGUCCAGUGUGGACGGAACUUUGCCCAGUACACCAGUAUGCGGCGGCACAUGAAGAUCCACUUCAACGAGAAAGCGUACCAGUGCGACUUCUGUCCGAAACGCUUCCGCCAGAGGACGGUCAUGCUGACCCACCGGAGGAUUCACACCGGCGAGAAACCGUUUUCCUGCGAAACUUGCGGCAAAUCCUUCCGUGAUCACAGCACGGUGGCAAAGCAUAAGAAAACUCACGAGAAGAAGGCGUCGGCUAGGAAACAGUAAAACACUCAAUGUAGUGUAAAUUUUAUGACAAACUCAUGUUAUCAGUACUUUUUUUUAAUUGUAUUAUAAUGUUUAGCAAAUAAAUCGUCGAAUUACAAUCCUAAAAA